AUGGGUUCCGCAUGGGUUGGAGGUCUCGUUUCCAUCUGGGUCUUAGCUGGGCCCCAUGUUGGUUCAAGUCACCUCAACUGCAGUACACCAUACGUUCCAAACCACGCCAGAAUCCAGGAUCCUCGCUUGAACUAUCAAUUCAGAGACAGAGUGACUGUGACUUGCGACGCCGACCAAUCUAGCUUUACUCUGCAAUGUCAUAAUAAAGGCUUGUGGAGCGGACCAGACGUAUCUUGCCCAGUGCCUCCACCAUCAGCAUCAAAAGUGCUCUCCUGCAAUGCCCCGGUAGUGCCUCCCUAUGCCACCAUUGGGAAUUUUCGACUAUCCUACAAGCCCGGGGACAGAUUGAAUGUCACGUGUGAUAUAAGGGGAGAACCGGUUACAUUGGAAUGUGAUGAUGGCUUAUGGACAGGACAGAAUGUAGUGUGUGAUUCACCCGCCCCAGCGUGCAAUCCGCCGAACAUUCCUUCGAUCUCAUAUAUUGAAGCUGUUAAACCACGCUACAAGAAUGGAGACCAAGUGAAUAUUACAUGUAACGAUAACUCUGAGCAGUUCGUCUGGGAAUGCCAAGAAGAUGGUUUGUGGCGAGGAAGGUACAUCACAUGUGCAUUCAAUGUAACACCUAUUGCAGGUCCGAACCCAGGACCUCCUGCGCCAAUAAGAAACCCACCAAAGGAAGUCAGUGGCAGAGAGUAUUUUAUCACCGGCCUACUUGUAGUAGCUGUCAUUUUGUUCGUUCUGGUUUUAAUGAGUUUGGCGAUGUUCUUCAUUUUCGUUAGGAAUCGUGGAUACGGCUUGGCAUCACCAUCAAAAGAAGCUCUCAGUGAGAAAGCUCGGGGACCUCUGCCAGAUGUUCCGGAAGGAUAUGCGAAUUAUGUUGCUGGCGAACAAUCACUGUACGUUGAACCUUAUCUCAAACAAAAUGGAGAUCCGAGCCCCAGCUACGAAGUCUACGAAAAGCCUGUUUGAAACAAUUGGCUGACCUUAUCCUCUUGUUGAAAAAUGUACAGAGACAUCAGGCAGAAUUCGAUUCAUGUUUAUCAAUAGAUACGAUAAAGGAAUCCCCAUCACCUUCGGAUUAUUAUGUUAAUACAAUACCUAAUAUGUUAGAAACCUCUGUCAAUACAUUGAAGCAUACUAUUUGAAGCGUGUGGGCUUUUUCAGUCUACAGUAUGUUUCUUGUACAACUUAUGAUUUUUUUUUCCUUAGGAGUAAAGAAUAGGUUUGGUUGAUGUGACAACGUUCGUGUUGGUAAUAACGUAUUGAUCAUCUUUUACGGUAUUAGUAAAAUCAUUAUGAAAUUUUGCUUGAUUUAUUUUCAUUAUUUAAGUUUCGUUAAUGCGUGUUCUCCUUGUAAGGAAAAUUCUUUCAGGUAAAUCCAAUUUUUGAAGGUUUUCUUUUUACAUCUCGCCGUAUGUUAGAAGUUGAUGUGUAUGUUUGUAGCAUCUUAAAAGAAAAUCAAGUGCAAAGUUUACUUAUAUUCUCACGGUAAUUGUCAUAAUAUUCAUGAAGUAUAUUUUUUGUAGUUUGCCAACCUUCUCUCAUUAUCUGUUUAAACAACAUUUUAAAUACUACUUUGAUGUGGAAACAUGUCGUAAUCGAAGACUCUCUGUAUGCCUCUGAAUAUGAAAAUAUGAUAGCACAAACACGAAGUCUCCGGGCUACUAUUGGGAUUUCAUAGAUUAUUUGAUUGACUGUCUGUGUAUUAUAACGAAAAGAUAGGUUUGUAAGAAAAAGAUAUGAAUAUAUUCCAGAAUAAAUAUGAAAUGUAAAUUAGA